AUGACGGCGCCGAGGAGGUGGAGGUUCGCGAUGGUCUGCUCGUCGAACAUGAACCGGAGCAUGGAGGCGCACGCUGUGCUGGGCCGCGCGGCGCUCGACGUCGAGUCCUACGGCACCGGCUCCCAGGUGAAGCUCCCAGGCCCGUCGAUGCACGAGCCCAACGUCUACGACUUCGGCACCCCUUACGGCGGCAUCUACGACGACCUCCGCCGCAAGGACCCCGACCUGUACAAGAGGAACGGCCUACUGCCAAUGCUGAAGAGGAACAUCUCGGUGAAGCUGGCGCCGCAGAGGUGGCAGGAUAACGCUGGCGAUGGGGUGUUUGAUAUGAUACUCACCUUUGAGGAGAGGGUCUUCGACUUAGUCGNUGCAGAUAUGAAUAACCGUGAGCAGAGGUUAUUGAAGAGCGUGCUGAUAAUCAAUAUGGACGUGAAAGAUAACCAUGAAGAAGCUGCUAUUGGGGCAAAGCUUGCUUUAGAUUUAUGCCACAAGCUUGAAGCGGUGGCUGGUGAUUGGGAGGAAAUAAUCGAUGACCUGAUUGCUGCAUUCGAGAAGCAGCACAAGCGGAAGCUCACAUACUACAUCUCGUUUUACUGA